UUAAUAAAAUGAAAGUACGUCUUAGAUCUUAAUAUAAGAGAGAAAAAACGAAAUAUUUUUAUUACAUAUCAUUUUAUUCCUCGAGGUAUCAUGUCCAUUUUACCUAUCUAUCAACGAAGGAUCCUCCGACGUGAGUACUUUCAGUGGCGAUACAGGUGCGUAUUUACCGCUGCUCCAUAUUCCGAGUAAAUCAUCAGCGGGCUACUGUGGUCUCGCUAAAGUAAUGACAUUUACUGGUAAGAUAUUUUGCUUUCUUUUUUGUUGUUUUCUUUUACUACUAGAGGAUGUGGGUCGGUAUGCCGAGGAAAACCACUUCUAUCGUAUCAUAGUUAUGACCAAUGAACUUGUCAAUCUAAUCUAUCUUUUAUAUAGAUUGUAUACUCCAUAUAUAUUUUUUUAAUUUAAUGUAUCUUUAAUUACAGAAGGAAAUGGAAAUAUUUAUGUAGACUUGUUAGUUGUUGUGAAAUCUGUGCAACCUGUGAAGAUGAUAAAAACUAAACUCGGUGUGGAAAUGCCGGUACGUGCUGUAGAAAUAGUGGACAACACAACGCCCGCUUCUCUCUAUUUGGACAUGUUUGAUACCGAUACUAUUCAAAGGGCGGAGGAAUGGCGUCCAUUAGGAAGCGUGUUGUUUAUCGCGGACGCGCGCGUGUCGUGGCGCGGUCGUGGCGCGCGGACGCAGGUGUGCGGGCGCAGCGUCGUCACGCAUCAGCCGCACACUUCUGACGCUGAGGCGCUCAGACUCUAUAUACAAGACCGAGAUGGUACAUGAUACAGU